UGUUGAUAAGGGUGUAAUAAACAAAUAUGUUUACUUUAGUUUAGUAGGCCUACGACUUCAGUUUUCAUUUAGAUCUCUGAGCUAGUCUAGAUUUUUAGAUAUAUUAAAGUAGUAAACUAUUCAAACCAAUAAUUUUAGCAUUUCAGAUUUAACUACUUUAGUUAAAAUUAGUUUUUAUCAGAACUUAAUUUAGUAUGUGAGUCAGUGCGUCACAAUCACAAUCACAACGGUGGAGUCUGGACUGUCGGCAGCACUGAGCAGUGUUCAGUGUGUCAUUCUAUAUGUGCAACUUUUAUCGACGUGGUGCAAGAGUAUAUUAUACAGCUUACAGUAAGAAAUGGCAAGGGAAGUAUUUGAUAAAGAAGUGGUCACAUACUACCUCAGAGACAUGGAUCAGCGGCUAGUAGAUGAAUGGAGCUCAAUGUUCGCGGACUACGAAGAAACUGUUAAGGCAUCUAAAGGGGAUAUUUUUGAAGGAGCUCCAGCAGUAGAUGCUAUUGUAUCGCCAGCUAAUAGCUUUGGUUUUAUGGAUGGAGGGAUUGAUUACGUUUAUACAAAACAUUUUGGAGGUCAGAUGCAAGACAGUCUUCAAAAACUACUGCGUGAAAAAUUUCAAGGAGAAUUACCUGUGGGCCAGGCUGUGAUCAUACCAGCCUAUCGUGAAGGUGCCAUGAGAGAUCCAAGCGUAGACUGGUGCAGAUAUAAUCACGGGGAGCCCAUCAGAUAUUUGAUCUCUGCUCCUACCAUGAGGGUCCCUUCCAAUGUGGCACAAACAGUCAAUGCGUACCUGGCAUUUAGAGCUGUUAUCUUAGAAGUGGAAAAACAUAACCAAGAAAAUGAUAAAGAUCUGAUUACAAGAGUCCUUGUUCCUGGAUUGGGCACAAUGGUUGGCAAAAUGCCAAAGAAAAGAUGUGCUUAUCAGAUGCUAGAAGCUUACAGAACGUUUGCAAAGGGAGAGGACAGGUUCAGAAUCAAACCCAAAAGUUUAGGAGACAUGUGGAAAGACCAUCAGAAAAUGUGUGAGUUUGGUGGCACGAGCACAGAUGAAACUGACAGUGACAAUUGAGGUGACGUGUCUGAAGCUGGGAGUAGAAAAAUGAUCAGCACAUGGGUAGUCCAUAAAUAACAUCACUAAUCUUAUAUUGGAGAGGUUGUUUGUGUUUGGGGGAGGGGGGUGUAGAGAAAUAGGAGGUAGAAUUUUUUUUGUAUUCCCAAAGGAAUUAAACCCAAUUCAUGUUAAUUUUUUUUUAGUUGUGGUUAUUUGAGUAAGGAUGGGUUUUGAUGCUUUUUAUCAUUUGACUUUGGAGGGGGGGGGGGGGUUGGCUGAAACCAGAUAUUUACUUCUGAUGAAGGAUGGGGAAGUGGUUAAAAAUAUGAUUUAGUUAAGUGGUGUCACCUGUGGACUACUCUAAAAGAACAUAAAAUCUUAACUAACAAUGUUCAGAAGGAGAAAAUAUUUUUUUAAUUGAAUUGAUCCAGUGACUAGGCAGCUAGCUUUGUUUCAACCAAUUUCAAACCAAUGCCAUGAAUGUUUGUCCCUUACUCUGAAUGAUGUGUAACAGUUUUUUGACAUUAGAUUGUGUGUAAAUUUUUGUGUGUAGUCAAUGGGGUGAUUGGCCAGCAUAGUUUUGUGGCAGAGAGAGAGACAUGGGUUUACUCUUGUAAAUAAAGCCAUG